UUGAAAAGCAAGGGGUUACAAUUUCAUAGUCCCCUCCAAAACGUGACCACAGUGACUUAAAGACGUCCUAUGGGCUCUGCCACUCUCACAUGUGGCCCUCUGGGGGAGUCUGUCCAGACCAUAGCAGCGGUGCACAUUCUGUCCCACGCACACCUGUGUUUCAGGGAACCCGGUGGGGUCAGGGCUCCUCAGCCGGCCUUUACUCAGAACACGCCCCUCCCCCACCCCUGUAAUGUGUGGCUGUCCACCUGGCUCCCACACAAACCCUGCACAGGCUGAAGCCUGAGGGCAAAGUUUGCCUGGCUUAGAGACAGGGUCAGCCAGAGUGGAACCAGGCAUUCUCCUAAAAGGUGAUGUCAGAGGGGAGGCUGAGGGAUGUCUUUGGCCUGGGUAAUGGGGAUAGGCACUGUUGGGACAGGAGAGGGGUUGGGAGAUAUCUAGCAAGCUUGGUAGGUGCACACAGAGCCUCGGUUUCUCACCUGGCUGCGGAGAGGCAGAGCCCAGGAGUCUGCGGUGUUGCUGUGGGCUACCCUCUGGAUACAGUGAAGGUCAGGAUCCAGACUGAGGCCAAGUAUACCAGCAUUUGGCAUUGCAUCCGGGACACGUACUGUCAAGAGCGGGUGUGGGGCUUCUACCGGGGCCUCUCACUGCCCGUGUGCACCGUGUCCCUGGUGUCAUCUGUUUCUUUUGGCACCUACCACCACUGCCUGGCUCACAUUUGCCGCUUCCGGUACGGCAGUACUGACGCCAAGCCCACCAAGGCUGAUAUCACACUCUCGGGAGGAGCCUCUGGCCUUGUCCGGGUGUUCUUGACAUCACCCACGGAGGUGGCCAAGGUCCGCCUGCAGACACAGGCCCAAGCUCAGACACAGCAGCGGCGGCCCUCAGCCUCCUGGACAUCAGUGGCUCCUGCUUUGUGUGCUGCACCCAAUGCAUGUCUGGAACCAAGGCCUAAGUACCGUGGGCCGCUGCACUGUUUAGUCACAGUGGCCCGCGAAGAGGGGCUUCGGGGGCUCUACAAGGGCAGCUCAGCCCUGCUCCUUCGUGAAGGUCACUCUUUCGCCACCUACUUCCUCUCUUAUGCCGUGCUCUGUGAGUGGCUCACCCCUGCUGGCCAUAGCCAUCCAGAUGUCCUAGGUGUGCUGGUGGCUGGAGGAUGUGCUGGCGUUCUGGCCUGGGCCGUGGCCACCCCCAUGGAUGUGAUCAAGUCACGCCUGCAGGCAGACGGGCAGGGCCAGCAGCGCUACCGGGGCCUCCUGCACUGUGUGGUGACCAGCGUGCGGGAGGAGGGCCCCAGGGUGCUCUUCAAAGGGCUGACGCUCAACUGCUGCCGUGCCUUUCCUGUCAAUAUGGUGGUCUUCGUGGCCUAUGAGGCUGUGCUGCGGCUCACUCAGAGAUUGUUCCCAUAGGGCCACCAGUCAGUAGCAGCCAGCUCACAGCCGCUGGAGGCCAAGGGGAGCAUGGGUGGGUUCAGGACCCCACAGGGCUGUCACUGGAUGGCAGAGGGCCUUCUGCGCAGUGACUUAGGUGAGGCCUGAGCUCGGCCUGCCCAGCUGCUGCUCACAACGUCAGUGGGUCGAUCUGCUUGGGGGGAGGGUCACGAGUCAAGGCUGUGUGGGUCUCCUUGAUGAGGAUGUGCCACUUGGAGUCAUUAGUCACCGAGCAACUGUUCAUUCCUGAGUGUCCUCCCUUGUCCACACCCAUGACCUCAGAGCAUUCCCUCACCACCCCCAGUCCCACUCAUCUUCCCAUUCACGUACUUCCCUAAGAGACAAAUGAGGGACCAGACAGCAAGCUGAGCCAUCUGGCUGCAUACAGGCUGGGCUUUUUCCCUGUCCCAGGCUGUCCAAGAGGGCCCAGAGUCCUCACUGGCCUACGAACUGGUGUGGGGCUUCACUGAGUAUUCAUAUUUACACUGCUUGCCAUAUGAAGACCCUGGAACCUGGGUCAAUAAAUGUUCCUGAAGUUGCUCA